ACUCCCGCUGAAACAAGUGAGGGAGGGAAGGUGGGAGGGAGCGAGAACACACACUCACACACACACACACACACACUCCACCGAGUGAGCUGCUCCGGAGUGAACGGAGUCGGACGCAGAGAGCCUUCACUCGACACCGCGGUCAUGUUCCUGCGUUACGGUUUCCUUUAACAGUUCGCUGGAGGUUGUUGUGUGCGGGUGCGUGCGGGAUGGAGAAGUGCGGUGCGGCUCGCUGUGGCAGCGCUAAUAAGCGCAGUGUGUCGGUGGAACGCGGCCGGAGAGCAGCGGCGAGCGGAGCGCAAGCGCGGCCCGGAGCUCCAGUGCCCCAGAGCUGCAGCGGGAAAGCGGAGCAAAACCUCCGGCGAGGACUGGAGGGAGUCCUCAACAAAUACACCAAUCUACUGCAAGGAUGGCAACACAGGUAUUUUGUUCUGGACCCUGAGCUUGGUCAACUGCAGUACUUUCUAAACGAACAAAGUAAGAGCCAGAAACCACGGGGCUCCUUGCCUCUGAUUGGCUCUUCUGUGGCCCCCAGUGAUGAGUUUCCAUUCAUGUUCACAGUCUAUGCUGUUAAUGGAGAGCUCUUUAAGCUGAGAGCUUGCGAUGCUUAUGAGCGGCAGCAGUGGAUGACCCAGCUUCAGAUCUGUGCCCGUCGCCAUUCAGAGGGCAGCGCCAAGGGCUGCUCUUUAUCCUCGGCCUCCUCCUCCUCCACGGGCAGCCGGACCCGCAGCUGCUCCCUACUCCCUCAUCCCGCUCCAUCUUGCUCCUCCACUGCCACCCAGAGGCAAAACCUCCCGCAUGGGCACGGGACCCCGAGCUCCAUCAUCACCAUCACCCACCACAAAUCACCCACGAGUGGGCACCGGGCCUGCAGCCACAAUCCUGCCCGUCUGCACCAUGUCAAAGAGGUCAUGUCUCAGGCUGAGGGCCAGCAGAAGAACCUGCUGCACUCCAUUGAGUCUCUGCCGAGCCGUGGGCCUCUCUCCUCACUCGAUCCUGACCUGCUGCUUCUCAAGGCUACGUCUGCAGCCACGCUAAGCUGUCUAGGAGAGUGCCUAAGCAUCCUUCAGCACAAUGUCACCCAGGCAGCCCGCAACAUCACCACACACACACCAGGGCUGAACACAGACAGCAAUUCAGGCUGGUCGGGGGCAAAACCUACAACAGAUGAACCAGUGGAGAAUGGAUCAGUGAUGGGCCUUUCUAACUCUACCACUAACAGAGCAUCCCCAUCUCCUGCACACAGGAGCAACAAGGAAGUGCACAAAGGUUCUGAGCACUUCAAUGCAAACACAGUGGACCCCAGUGAGGAGAGCACAGACACUGAGGACAAUGAGGAAGAGGACCUGGGAGUGCUGGAUGAACAAAGGAGUAUCAUCCUCCACCUGCUUUCCCAGCUCAAACUGGGCAUGGACCUCACACGGGUAGUACUUCCUACCUUCAUCUUAGAGAAGCGCUCUCUGCUGGAAAUGUAUGCUAACUUCAUGGCCCAUCCCGAUAUGUUCCUGGCCAUCACAGCUGGAACAACACCAGAAGAGCGCAUCGUGCGAUUCGUGGAAUAUUACUUAACUGCCUUCCAUGAGGGACGCAAAGGUGCUGUGGCCAAAAAGCCCUAUAACCCAAUACUUGGUGAGAGCUUUCUGUGUAGCUGGGAUGUCCCUCAUGAAAAAGUACGGCCUCUUAGGACCAACACUUCUGUCACGGCACCUUCGGCUACGCCCCCAAGCUCAGCCAAUCCUGAUCACUGCUACCGGCUGCACUUUGUGGCUGAGCAGGUCUCGCACCAUCCGCCGGUCUCAGGGUUCUACUGCGAGUGCAAGGAACGUGGAAUGUGUGUCAACGCCCAUGUCUGGACGAAGAGCAAGUUCAUGGGCAUGUCCGUGGGCGUGUCUAUGGUCGGAGAGGGGGUACUGCACCUUUUGGAGCAUGAAGAACAGUACGUGUUCACGCUGCCCUGUGCCUACGCCCGCUCUAUCCUCACUGUGCCAUGGGUGGAGCUCGGGGGAAAAGUGUCCAUCAGUUGUGCCAAGACUGGCUACUCUGCCACCGUCACCUUUCACACCAAACCCUUCUACGGGGGAAAAGUGCACAGGGUGACGGCUGAGGUCAAGCACAAUCCCACCAGCACCAUCGUGUGUAAGGCUCAAGGAGAGUGGAACGGUACCCUGGAGUUCACAUAUAGUAGUGGAGAAACUAAAGUGAUUGACACAUCGAAACUGCCAGUCAUUAAGAAGAAGAUCCGCCCACUGGAAAAGCAGGGCCAGUAUGAGUCCCGGCGGUUGUGGCAGCAUGUGACCGCAGCGCUCAAAACCGGAGACAUCGACACAGCCACGGAGCACAAACACCAGCUGGAGGAGAGACAACGCAGUGAGGAGAAGCAGCGAACAGCCACCAACACCGCCUGGAAACCCAAGUACUUCAUCAAAGAGGGAGAAGGCUGGGUCUAUCACAAUCCUCUGUGGAAGACUAACUGUUGAGAAGAGAAAAAGUAUCAUGAGCUAGCUGUCUGUCACGGAGCCCAGCCCACCGAUGGGCGGGGCCACACAGGGAGAGUGCUGGCCAGCCAAUAGAACCAGAGGAACCGGACUUCACAGGAGCAGGAAAGAGCCUGACCUUUUCCUCUGAGUGUUAAAGGUGCCAACCCCCACCCAAAUAUUCCAACCUGAAAGAACAACCACCCACUGCAGCAGAUCCUCAAAGAGCUGUCUUUCUGAUCCCGAUAAAGCCUUCGACUGGAGACGUGGAGGUCAAACAGUACACAAUGGAAAUAUUUUGCAUUCUUCUUUUCUUCCUGAAUCGAAAUUUAUUAAUCCGUCCAUGCUUCCUGAAAGAUCAGCACUCAAGUUUCCCUUAAACGGAACAACCCCGGACACUUUGAACACUAAUAGACAAUGAUAUCUGUGCUGAAAGCGUCAGUCCCGAUCAACCACUUCAAGCUUCACGUCAGAAUGUGUUCAGGGUGCAGCAAAAUGGGAGCAAAAGCCUAUUUUUAGACCCACGACUGCAUGUUGAAGUGAAUAUACUACAGGCUUGUGUGAAAUCACUGAGCAUUACAUUAAUGUCUGAUGUAAGUAGUCGUGAAAGUGACUGUAAUAGAUCUCUUUGCGUAAGUGUUCUGGUGAUCAGUCAUAAGAGAAGAUUAAACUUGUAGCUCUCGGAGUAGCUGCUCAUAACAUUCCAGCAUAAGGUCUAAAUAAAUGAGGUUCCAGAUUUAAUCCACCGUAACGCGAGACAUCCUGACGCAAGGAUGAGCCGAGAAAACGACAGCCUACGACGACUACUUUAUCGAAAGGUCAGGACGGUUUCAGAGCCUUGAUAACGAGCUCAGUCUGACAAUAUUGUGGAAAACGUAAAAAAAAUCCUUCCUUAGAAUAGCAGGUCUCGUUUUUGAGAAAAACCAUUCAAUUGAAAUUCCGUUCAGAAUGAUGAUUUAUGGUUCCGUUUGCUGGUACACUUCUUUAAGCAUGUUCUUAUUAGUUUGUAAAUUCAUUGAUAGUUUUGUACAGGGGUUUAAGACUGCAGUAAUCACAGAUUCAUGGUAUUCAGAGACACAAAACCACUGUGUGUAUGCUGUAUGUCUUGGCACACACUUCCCCACUUCCAGCCAGUUUAUAGAGGGAAAACAAAUGGUUGCUAACUCGUUAUUAGUUUGUAAUCUUUAGAAUUUACUACAAAUCCCAGACUAAACCUUUAAUGAGCAUCUUAGAAAGUCUGAGACAUCUUCAACUCUGUCCACUGAUCAUGUUUUUCUGUUUAUAAAUUAAAAAUGUUUAAAAAAGUUGGCUUUGGAGAUACACAACCCUCGCAGGCCUUAUGGGAAUGCAGCAUUUUUUCUGCACGUUUGUGAAUUAGGGAGAAAAACUAAAAAGGUGGGGGCAAAUAAUGUAGAAUAGAUGGGCGAGACAUGUUCAGUGCUCCAUGUUUAUGUGAAGAGUCUUAGGCGAAGUGACGUAGAGCAUCGUAAUGUAUUCAGAGCUUAGACCAAACACUUUGUGCACCAAUGUAGAAACUAUGCAACAUGUUCAUUUCACCAGAUCCAGGCAGGGAGUGGACGAUAACUUCCAUUAGUACAGUCUUAACGUGUGCUAAAAUAAACAUUUCUGUAGAAAUACAUGCUGGUUUUUUUGAAACUGAAAAAGGAGACGGAAUAGAAAUUGGUUGUAAUUGGAAUAUAAAUUGUGUAUUCAUGAUGAUUAGGAUGUCAGUGGCAUUUCAAUAUUCUGUAAACAAGCGUGUGUGCUACUUCUGUGUACGUGUAAAGACUCUUCAAUGGAUGAUGUAAAAUGUCAGUGAGGAACCUGGUUCUGGUUAACAGUCUAACACACACACAAACACACACUAUUUUCUAUUUUUUUUUUACUAUUUCUCAUUUUAAAAACAACUCCCUUAACUCUAAUGGGAUAAAAUAAAAUGGCAGAUGUUGAGGGUUGCCAGGUUUAACAGGUCUAAACUUGUGCUGCCAUCUAGCGGACACAAGACAUUCAUAUAGAAUGAAAAUAUUUUUUUUGUAUAGUAUGUAUUCACUUUCACUUUUGUCCUUACAGAGAAAGCUCAGAAAUCCAGACACCCAGAAUAAACCAAGAUUAAAUACAAAUUAACCGAAAAAAAAGUAAUAAAAAUAAAUGAAGAAUAGACAAGCUAGCAUUUAUUCGGUGUUGUGUAGUGGUUGGAACGACAAUGCAGGCUUUACGUGUAUGACUGCUGGAGCAGCAUGGAACCUUUAAUAUAAGAACAAUAUUAAAACUAAAACACAAGUGAACUUUUUUUUUUUUUUAAUGAAACGGCGGUGUACCAUUCAAUAGCGAGACAGACCAAAAGCAGAGGAGAGAAAAGAGAUGAGACGUAAAAAAGAAGUACAAACAUGGCGACUGGUGAUAAGGCAGAACCUUUCAUAUACUCCUUUAAUUUCAAAGGCAUCGCUGAUUCUGACAACAUCAUCCAUUUUUCCAAACCGUCUCACAACCUUCUGGAAGAAAUCCCAACUUAAACACCGCACCGUUUUGCAUUUUGUGAUUUGAUGCUGCCCUCGUUUUUCUACUACCAUUUUGUUCUUAUAAAUAAAUAGCUCUCGAGUCUAUUAAUUAUGAAAUAGAUAUGUUGUUAAGCAGAUGGCUGUUAAAUUGAGUCGGAAUUUUCCUCAGAAAGUACUAAAAACUGCCCUUCUGUUAACUCGCACACAAAAGAUAAAGUAGAGGCAGCGCAUGGAGGGAAGGGAAAACCAAGAAAAAACAUGGAGCAAGAGAACGAACCAAGAUUCAGAAAUAUGAUGAGCGUUAAAGCUGGCUGUCUGCCAGGAGCGAAAAGACAAAAAACGGAAAACGUGAGAGAAAUGCAAAUUUGUCACCCGGAACAGAAACGUUAUCACUAAGAAUACACACUCGUCACCUGCAUGCUACUCAGUAGUGGAUCCACUUUAAGGUGAACUAAGCCAAAAGUGCACAAGCUAAUAAUGCAGCAUUGUAUAAAAAAAAAAAAAAACCUACAA